AUGUCUUCUCCACUGGAACGCACUGCAAGUGUCCGACAGACGUCGGUUGCCUCGACUGGACUGCCAUUGGAGCUCCAGCAACAGAUCUUCUCCUACUUGGACACCGCAAAUUUCUACUCGGCAAGAAAAGUGUGCAAAUGGUGGAAAUUCGCAUCGACCGCCCCUUUAUCUCUUGCACGCCAGCUACGACGACUUCCCAUUCUCCCACCGGUUCAAGCGGCCUCGUCGACCCCAAUCGAGCUCCRGCAGCUCUAUGACGAAGCCACGCACACUCUCAUGGUUGACGUUCGCACAGAGCGGGCAUACGACACUCCUGGAAGAUUGACCAAAGCCUCGAAGCUUGGGUUUCAGAUCAACCCCAGAGUGGUCUCCAMUUCGAAUGGCGAUUUGACGGCCAGGCUGAAUGGCCGUAUGAUUGAGCUGUUCGAUACUGCCGGAAGCAAGCCUGUGUUGAGAUACCAGCGUCCACUGAACGAUCUCAAAGAGACGGUAGGUAAUGGGCCCUGGUUGAAGUGUCAGCCAAAUUCGUGCAACGAGCUUGCUCUGUCCUCGGAUGGAAGCAUGCUUGCUAUCUCGCAAGAGCGCACGAUCCAGCUCUACGACCUCCGUGCGGAUGCCGAAAGCUUCACCAUCAACGAGUACAUCUCGAGUGCCAGCGGGCAUUACAUCUGUGGUCUGGGUUUUGAGCAAAACGACCAUGUUCUACGAGUCCGUCUCUCGGGGAAGGGCACCGUGCUAUAUCUGGGCACUCCGCCAACUCUAGAACAGCAAGAGCAAGAGACGAAAGCCACAGUGGAGCAUUGGAAGAGCAAGGCGGGCUUGAAACACACUUUUCUUGACUCGGCACUCCUCACAAUCGCGCCGGCAUCCGAGGAUGUAGAGCAGCCCGCUCGGAUCUGUGGGGUGCAGCUCCUGCGUCCGUUCGAGCAUGGCUGGCUGUUUGCUGGGCAGAAGCAGGGCGGUGGAGAGAGUAGCUUGUAUGUACUCGGCCAUGUACAGACGAGCAUCCCGCAUAACACGAGCGCCUCGAGGGUUGAGCCGGCGAGCGUGACUGUGCUUGCCAGGCUAGAGAGCUUCCUGUCAGCCUGGAGUCAUAUGUUGGAGGCGGAUAGUGAUGAAGGUAUGGGCCUGUGGGAGAACAUGCCAUCGGCUCACGAGCAUCACCCUAUGUUCGCCAUGGCGCCCAAUGGAUCGUUCCUUGCUCUCGCUGAACGCGACAAGAAGCGCAUCCGGCCUGCGCCUCUAACGCAGGUUUUCAUAUACAGGCUUCCCGGAAGGCAGCAGCUUCUCAACACGCUUGCACAAAGGACUUUAAAGGCGGAACACCCAUUUCAAAGGGUAGACAGUUUCCUCGAUAAGCUCGAGAAUAGAACUCCACAGCCAGCGCAUCAGCCAAAUUCAUCUCAGCAGGGUUCCACGCCGAAGCACAAUGUGGCGAGGAUCCCUCUCUGCCUGACCACUCUGCAAGGUGAUGUGAUGGAUCUGAAGCUACAGUCUGUCAACAGCCGGAAGUGCUCCGUAAGUGCGUCAACGGCCGAGACAACAAUGACCUGGAUGCUGGAAGACUGGUGA